UGGUGGUUCGAUACAAAAUGUAUUUUGACGCGUGUCUGGCUCAUGGCUUUUGUCAUCAAAAAAAAACUAAUAAAAACGACAGCUGCUGCUGCUGCUGGUUGUUGUAUUUGGAUCAGAUUUAGGAUAAUAAGUAGCGUCUGGUAGUUUUUCGAAUGAAAACAAAACAAAAAAAAUCUGUUGAUCUCAUCAUGACCGUUGAGAUAUUUUUUUUCCAUCAUUCGAUUUAUGAUUGUCGAUUAGAGCGGACGGAAACUUUUUUUUUUAAAUUUUUGCUUGUUUCAUUUGCAAAAAUAUCUCAAAAAACAAAAAACGAAAUGGUUAUUUAUGAAAAAUUAUCACCAAUUAUGGCAAUGAUGAAUCAACGUUAUUUUCAUAAUCGUAGUCAAAAACGUUAUGGUAUUUGUUCAAGUCCUGGUUUUGAAUUUGCUUAUUACGAAUCACCUGUGCAGGUUUGGCUAAAUGAACUACAAUCAUUAACAGAAGUUGAAAGUCUAAGUGCAUUACAAGCAAAAUCCGUUGCUACCACACCAGAAUCAUUUGAAGCAUUAUCCAUACGUAAUGCCCAGAUAUCCAUACAACAAAUUCGUCUGAAUUCAACAUUGAUUAUUGAUGAAUUAGAUUCAAUAAUUGAUUCAUUACCUGUUUAUUAUGAUAAUGGUCUUUGUUAUAUUGAAGAAAAAUUCCAAGAUACAUUUCAAAAAAUACAAUCAUUAAUUGAAAUUUGUAAACGAAAAGGAUGUGAUUUUAUUGUCAAUAAACAAUUAUCUACAGAUGUUAUCGUUAUUUGUGAACAGACUAUAAAAUUUAUGAAAAAUUCCAUUUGGAAACAUAAUAAUGUUAAUAAUGCACAAAUUGAAGCAAACGUUCGAAAAUUAAAAGAAAGUUUUGGUGAAUUGGUUGAUGUUACCAUUAAGAAAGAAUCAUUGAUUCUUGUUACCUCCUUGAAUAAAAAAACUAGUCGUCUUUGUUUAAAAUGGUCAUUAUUAGCAUUAUGGCAAUUGACACAAAAUGAUCCAUAUAUGUGUCGUUUGUUCAUUGAAAAUCAAAAAAUUAUCAAUUAUCUAUUGGAUAUUGUACAAAAUUAUUAUAAUAUUUCUCUGGAUGAUUCAAAUCAUAUAAAAGCAGCAGCAUUACGUGUAUUAACAUAUUUAUCAGCUAAUCGUGAUGCAGUACAACAAAUUCUGCAGGAAUUUAUCAACAAUAAAUAUUUAAUAUCAAUAUUAUUGAAUGAAAAUAAUGAAGAAGAAAUAAUUCAAAAAGAAAUGGUUGGAUUUCUUGUUCAAGUAACCACAGUGUUUAUUGAUAAUAAUAAAGAUAAAAUAAUCGUCAAUAAUAAUGAUGAACUAGGAAGUUUAAAUGGAAAAUCAUUAAUAAAUGAAUUGGUAAAAGGAUUAACCGGAAUAUUGAAAACAACAACCAAAAAUGAUCAAAUAUUUUUAAUGUCUUGUGCUGCAUUAGCUAACAUAUCGUUUAUGAAUACUGAUUCUUUAAUCAAAUAUGAUACAUUAACCAUUGUAUUGAAUUCGAUUCGACAAAGAUUUGAAUCAUCAAUGGAUCAAUCAUUAUUAAAAGAUCAAAUAAUAACAUUAUUGGCAAAUAUGUCACAAAAACAUCAAUUAAUUGUUGUUAGUAGUGGUGGUCUAAUAUUUUUAAUACAAACAUUAUUGGCUAUCGAUAUUGAUAAUAAUGAUAAUCGUACGAUGGAAAGAUCAAAAAUAUUAUCAAUCGAAAGAAUACAGCAAAAAAUUGCCGUCGCUUUAGCACGUCUGGGUAAUCAUAAAAGUACAGCAAAAAUUAUCUAUAAAUUAAAUGGUGUUUCCAAAUUGAUACAACUAUGUAAAGAACCUAAACAAAGAAAUUAUAGUGAUACAGUAUUAUUAGCAUCAAUUGCUGCAUUAAAACGUUUGGCACAAUCAAUUGGUCGUUUACCAUUUAAAGAAUUGAAUGCAUUAGAUCUUAUUGAUUCGAAACUUCAGGAUAUAUUCAUACAAUAUUCAAUUAAAAAUGAAUCAUUAGUUUGA